AUGGAUCCACCUAUGGAUCUCACAAAUGAAGACCAAGUUCAGUUAUCAGGCAGUGGCAAAGAGGCUUCAGGGGACUCUUACCUUCAAGCAAUUGAAGAAAUUGAGGCAUUUUAUCAAUACCUCAAUGAGAAAUAUAAGGCAGGAACUCCAGCUGCACCAGAGCCAGAGGUCUAUGUACCUCUGACUAACCAUGAUGAGAACAGCCAAAAGGAGUCAAUCCAGAACCAGGUGAUGUAUCCUUUGAAGCCCACAAUGAUGAUUUCUGCAUGUUCUAACAUCCCUGGGACAGUUCUUAUCCAGAACUAAGAUCACCCCAUUAAGACCCUUUUUGACCCCAAGGUGACCUCUUUUGAUGAGAGCAAACCCACAGUAACAUCCCAGAUGACAGAUGUUACUGACACCCCAAACAAUCCCACAGCUGAAGAUCUAGUUCAGUUAUCAGGCAACAGCAAAGAGGCUUCCAUGACUUCUUUCUUUCUGACACUUGAGGACAUUGAUGAGUUUCUCCAGGACAUCAAUGAGAUACAUGAGGCAGGAACCCCAGCUGCACCAGAGUCAGAGCUCUAUGUACCUCUGACCGCCCAUGAUGAGGACGGCCAAAAGGAGUCAAUGCAGAACCAGGUGACCUCCUUUGAUGAGAGAAACCCUGCAGCAGCAUCCCAGUUGAUGGAUGUCACUGACACCACAAAGGCGUUCAUCACUGAUUGUAAAGUGACAACCUUUAAUGCAAACAAGAUGUCAAUCCCCAAUAAGGGUAGCCAGAUGAAGAUCCUCGAUGAAGACCAGAGCCUCAGUGGAGACCAGAUGACCUUCGCUGGGGACCAGACCCUCUAUGUGGGUCAGAUGAAGAGCCCCAGUGAAAGCCAGAUUCUCAGUGGAGCCCAGAUGACCUUCCCUGGGGACCAGGCUGUCUCUGGAAGUCACAUGAAAACCAUCCAUGUAUACCAGACCCACAAUGGAGGCCAGAUGAGCUUCAGUGGGGAUCAAACCCUCUAUAGGUGUCCGAUGAAGAUACUCAAUGAUGAGAACACUCCCCAUGAAGUCCAUAUAGUGCCACAUUCCUCAUCAUCAUUGCUAUAUCCUGGAUUUCUGUACAUUUCUAGUUCCCAUUUGAUCCAAGGACAACCCCUAGAAAAGCAGAAGUGGAAUCUCAAGAUUCAGAGAUGUCCGUUGCAGAAGAAUUCUAACAUUUUGAAACCCUACAUCUGUACAUACCAGGACUGUGGGAAAUCAUAUUCAAAAUCUUCCCACCUGCGAAUCCAUGAGCGCCUACACACUGGAGAGAAGCCCUACAAAUGCAACGUGAAGGGAUGCACAUGGGCAUUCUCCCGUUCAGAUGAGCUCAACAGACACAUGAGGAAGCACACCAGGGAGCGGCCCUACCUGUGUACUAAAUGCAACAGGAACUUUGCACGAUCCGAUCACUUAAAGCAUCAUCAAAGAGUCCACAGAUAA